CACAGUGGAAACAUCUUUUCCCAGCACUCCAGACACUUGAAGCAGGACGCCAUGCUUCCAGCAUAAUGUCGGCAGAGGUUGCAAUUCACAAGUUCUCCUUCCCCUUCUCGUGCGCUGCACACCUUUCUCAACAAGAUGAUGUGCCCCAGAAGGGAUGCAUACAGGUGAAGCCCCUUGACCGUCAUAAGAGUCCAACCUUAAGUGAUCAGAGUCCUGUUGCAGUUGUGGGAACCCUCAUCCACAAUGAGAUCCAGGCCCAGGAAACUCCAAAACCUUCACCCAGAGGAGACGUGGUCGCUCCCCUGGUCCAAACAAAAUCAGUUGUUUCUGAAGCCACGCAGAGCUCUGUGGUGUCCAGACGGAGCGUGUUUGAGAAAUUGACAGUCGAGAGCGAGGAUCAGCGACCUGUGGCAAAAAGACAGCUGUCAUCUGAAAGCGCAGCCAGGACCAUCACUGUGGUCAAGAAGAGUGCCGUCAGCAAGGAGGCGGAGGAACAGAAGCACCUGAAACAGAAGUUGCACCUGGGACAGAAGGUGGCACCGUGUCCAGCUACAGGAGGGAAGAGAAGGUGCCGGAAAGACCUCUUCACCACCUCAGAGGUUUUCCACAGAGUUGAUUCACAUGUCAUCAGGGCAGGAGCAGAGCUGAAGGAAAGGUGUGUAUACAAUGUGAAGACCAUCGUGCAGAGCAUCACACAGACAGCCAGAAAUGAGCUGGAGAGGCUUCGAGCAAUCUGGGUUUGGCUGUGUCACAACAUCGAGUACGAUGUGAGUGGAUAUCUUGGACAAUCAGAGAAGCUGAGCUCCCCUGAGGAGGUGAUUGCGGCCGGUCGGGGUGUGUGCUGUGGCUACUCUAGUCUCUGUUUGCAGAUGUGCAGAGAGGUGGGAAUUGAGUGCCAAGAAGUGCCUGGCCACAGUAAGGGUGUCGGGUACCGCCUGGGCAAGAGCCUCAAGAAUGUAAAAUCUGAUCAUCUGUGGAACGCAGUACUUCUAGGAGGACAGUGGUUCCUAUUGGACGCUUGUUGGGGAGCUGGCCGAGUGGACAUGGAGCAUGAAAGCUUUGUCAAAAGGUUCGACGAUUUCUAUUUUCUCACGGACCCAGAGCAAUUUAUCGAGUCCCACUUCCCUGAUGACAAGAAAUGGCAGCUCCUGGACAUGCCCAUUACCCUGGAGGAGUUUGAAAGGAGGGUCUUCAAAACGUCAGCAUUCUUCACCAUGGCACUCAGACUGAUUCAGCCUCACAAGUUUCAUAUAGUCACAGAUGAUGGCGAGGCGAAUGUGUCUAUCAGCUUCUCCAGACCUGCAACCUUCGCCUAUGAAAUCACUCAGCACCGUGACCUCCUCCACUGCGGAGCAUUAGAGCAGAAAGAAUCUAGUAAUUCAUCCUACGGUCUCCUAACAGUAUCCCACCGGAGCAUGAGGCUGCAACUCCUGCCACCUGCAAGCGGCACAUAUGACGUGAAGGUGUUUGCCAGACCUGAAGGUGCUAAAACACCUUUAAAUUGGGUCUGUUCUUUCACAGUUGAGUGUGUGACUCCCAGGACCAUGGAGGAAAUCCCAGAGAACCCCUUUAUGUCUUGGGGCCUUCAGUCUACGGCAGGAUCUCUGGGUGUGGCAAGCAGCAGCCAAGGCAGCAAGGUUGCCGAGGUGGAAGAGGGCACCUUUGAGUUGGCGUUGAAAACAUCUAGGCCUCUGAUGGCGCUGUGUGAACUGGUCCACCCAGAGCUGGACACUGUUGUAGCCAAGCGCUGUCUGGCUACUCAGAUUCAAGAGGAUCUCCUGACCUGUCACGUCCUAUGCCCAUUACGUGGGUUCUACCGCCUAUCUGUGUUUGUGCGGGACUAUGAGAAAACAGAUGUCAAAUUCCAGAACGCUGCAAACUUUCUUCUGCACUGCACAGGGAAGGCAAUUGGUCCACAUGAGCUGUUUCCUCCUAACUUGGGCUCGGCUUGCGGGCCUGGAAUCCGUACAUCAGAUGCAGGGUUGUCCAAAUUCAGCCAUACAGGGGCAUUGGUGAGCACACAGCAAGGCAAAUGCAACAUCACUUUCCACAACCAGCAGGACCAUGAGCUUCACACUGUGCUGAGCAAAGAAGAAGACAAAACAGCUGCUAUCCCUCUUUCACGCUACAUCUUCUGCACAUACACAGACAGCAAGGUGACGGUUAGUAUCAGCCUACCUGAUGCUGGAGUCUACCGCCUCGGCCUGUAUGCCAGGACGAGUUCUGGCAGCGAUUUCAAACCUAUGUGUGACUUUGUUCUGAGGAACAGCUGUGAUCAGCCGGGGCUUCCUUUCCCCUGUGUCUACUCCAGUUGGAAGAAAGGCUGCGUGCUGUUUGAGCCCCGCGCAGGUUUACUGGAGCCCGUCUCAUGGGUGCGCUUCAGAGUGAGGGUCCCUGGGGCCCAGAGGGUGAGCGUGGUGGGAGAAGCACGAACUGAUCUGAAGCUGAAUAAGAGCAGAGUCUGGGAGGGGGAGGUUUUCUCUGGGAGUGGCCUCGAACAACUGAAACUGGCCGCCUCCUCGGGGGAGUCCAGUGACAUGGCUGUUUUGAUGACCUUUGACAUCAAGCAGAUGCAGAGAGAAGAAUAAACUCAAAAGCCUGGUGCACAUCUGACAGGUUGGAAAAUGCUUUCAAAUAAUUUGACAUUUUACGUCAGUAACUCAGAUGCUUAGUUCUAAUCGCACAAAGAUAGUACAGAUGGUGGCUGGUUAACUGUCAUUGCAAUGUGUUUUGAAAAUUACAUUUUAAACAGGUUACUGUGUAACUGUUGUAACGCUCACACAACUUUAAACCAGUACCAGACCUCUCCUCAGUGGUCACUGGAGCUCCAAACACAUUAAGAUAAGCUCAUUAAACAUUUUAUAACCUCUUGUUUAACCCAUUUACUGUUCUCAUGCACCGUUCACCAAAAAGGUUUAUUUGUAACAAUGUCAACACAGUGUGAAGACUUUGUGAGAAUGGUGCUCAGCUGUGGUGCUUAGCAAAAAUAUAAGAGUGCUUUCAUUUGUGCAUAUUUCUGCAUAA